AUGGGAAAGUCAAAGCAAACCGCAGCGGCAACCUCCUCAGACAAACAAGUCAUGCAUGCAGCCUCUGCCUCAACUCAGCCUCAACUCUCUGACGGAGAACCUGAACCAUCUCCUCCUCUCAACAAUCCGGCUCUCUCAAUGGAUCUUCCAGCCGCUACUGAGGAGCUUGAGUCAUUCAACACUGCGAAUGAAAAGGCCCAAUCGGAGGAAAGUGAUGAGCUUCAUGGUAAUUCGCACCCCAAAGACUCGACUCUCGAGACACUUCCUGUACCUGUGACAGCGACUACCCCAGAGGACAUCAUACCAAAAUUGUCACCCUCUCCAACUGCAUCCGCUUCAACAAAGACUCGCGCUGAUUCUGCAUCUGAGUUGAAGGAAGCUGACCUAGAAGCGACGGACGACGGGUCUCAGGACCAGGUGGAUCUAACCUUGGCGGUUGAUAACAAAGAUGAGGAUGCGGUGGAGUUGAGCUCGUCAUCUGAAGGAACCCCAUCCAUCAAAGCAAGGACCAAGAGAAUUCUGAAAAGAUUGGGUCUUCCAGCCUCAAAAAAGACCAAGACAGGAGUAGACAGUGUCCCUGCGUCAUCUCAAGAUGUCGCAGAUCCUCCCAAGGAAGUCACUGUCUCAGACCGUGUGAAAUCCAGGAAGAAGGGAGGAGUAUGGGAAGAAAAAAAGAUGUAUAGGAGUAUGGGAAGAAAGAUCAUGGGUGAGGAAACAAAGGUCGUGGGUUGUAACCGUUGGUACAAUUUACUCAAGCAUUUAUAG